AUGCGCGCGGUGACCGCGCCCGCGGUGCGCGCGCGCGACGCGCGAAAGCGUCGCGCGUCGAUCGCGCGCGAGGCGUCGGCGCGCGCGUCGCGGGAGACGGAGACGAAUCCACCGAGAUCGAAGACGGCGGCGUACGAGCAAGCGCACUUGGCGAUCGUCAAGGGACUGGAGGGGACGAUGAAGCGACGGGAGGGCGGGAGUACGAAACGAAAGAGCGGACGGACGAAGAAGACGACGCGGGCGCGCCUCGCGGUGGAGCUUCCGGUGAGCGAUGGGAGCGAUGAGGGGAUGGUGGAGAUGGCGGUCGGGACGCUGGGGGAUUUGGCGAGCGACGCGACGUGCGUGUUCGGAAGCGCGAAGGCGUGCGCGAUCGCGAGUGGGGACGAGGGGGUUAGGUUUGAGAGCGUGAGCGUGGAUGAUGCGUGGGGGGUGGUCGAGGCUGGCGCGCGGGAGGGCGUGGUGGCGUUGGUGGGGGUGCCGGCGGAUCGCGUCGAGGCGGCUAUGAAGAAGUGUAAAGCGGCGAGCGGACGGCCCGUCGUCGGAGUGAACGUGGAGUGGGCGCACGCCGGUGACGGUGGAUUGGCGAACGCGAUGGAUAGACAACAGAAAGGGAUCGAUGAUCAGCCGAUGAGCGACGUCGAGGAGUUCACGCACUCGUUCGUCGUCGUGUACUCGUUCCUGCCGCUGAGCAUUCAAGCCACGAUGUUCGGCUCCACGCUCGAGGGCGCGGUGUUCAAGUGCGUGCGGGGCGGCGCCCCCGCGGGAUCACCUUGGAGAAUUCUAGUCAAGGAAAACGGUGAGUUUGAACAGGUUGGGGCGAUGCAACGACGGCCGGAGCAGGCGGAUCUCGAGUCCGCCCUGUACAACUCCAUCGCCGCCAAGUCGCAGGUGAACCAAGUCGUCGGCAAAGCCUCCGGGUUCAUGCGCGGUCUCUUCAACCGCGACAAGUAG